AGCACGCCGUCGUGUGGCUCAGCGACCGGUCCCUUCCGGCGCGGUGCUCACGCUGGAGGCGGCAUGGCGUCCUUCGACGGCCGGCCGGGGCGGAGCACCUCUCUCGCUGGGAAGAUGCAGCUCAUGCAUUCCAUGGCCUAUUCCACGAGUCCCUUGUUCCACAGCAAGAGCACCGUGCUGGGCAUGUCCCGAAGCGAUUGGUCGGAGACCUCCACAGGCUUUGGGCCCAGCAAGGCCAAGUCCUGGGCGAACCUUCGCAAGGCGCAGGCCUUGGAAAGCAUCAUCGCUGAGGUCCGCGACCUCGGCGGCGACGCGCCCAUGAAGGGCGACGGCCAUAGCGACCUGCCGCCGAAGAAUUCCCACGAGGCUCUCCUGAUCCGCCUCAAGAGCCGCGCGGCGCGCCUGGAGGCGGAGAAGCACCGAGACUUCAUCCAUAGCUAUUGGCAGAGCAUGUACGCUGACGAUGAUAGUACCCUCUCGGAUGCACAUCUCGAUAGCUUGCUGACGGGCCUCGAGAAGAAGUCGGAGGAAUUGAAGCUCCGGUCAGAGGAGCUUCAACUGGAAGCCAAGGAGGCAGAGCGGAGGCUGGAACACGUGAACUCCCUCCACUUGGGCCGUGCUUCGGAUUUAGAGCUGCAGGCGAUGAACGCUUUUGAGCGCUCGCAGCGGCGGAUUCAAGAGGACAAGAGGGAGGAGGAAUACCAGAAGCAACGCGAUGAAGUGCAGGCGCUCUUUGCCAAGGUCCACCGACGGCUGCAGAGUGAGCUCAUCGAGUUGAGAGAUUACAAGGUGCUGCUGCGCGAGUACCGCCGGGUACGGCUGGAGAAGCUCAGCGAGACCUUGGGGAAGGUCCAGGACGGACGGCGGCUUCGGCACUGCGUGCGCGUGAUGAUCCGGAAUGGGGCACAGAGGAUCUUACAGCGCUUGGAGUCUGCCAAGUUGCCGUUGGAACCCUGGAUGCGUGAGGUGCUCCUGAAUUGCUGCUACGUGGAGAUCCGGAUCGAGGACACGGAGCAGAAGUUGCUCACCUUACGACGCGAAGCCCUGAAGCCUGUCAAGGCUGAGGUUCAGAAGAUGAUGUCCAAAACCAAAGCCGAACGCUUCGAAGAUCUGUUCGUGCGAACUCUGGAACAACGACACCAACCGCUCACCAGUGCGAUCGGCAGCACCUGUGGCUCCGACAAGGCGAGCCCGACGCCGCCCGAGCCACCGUCUCCGGGAGGUCUCUCCAGAGCUUCGAGCGCGGCGCAGCUGCGCCAGCGGCCGCAGCGCGGGGAGUCCAACAGCUCCUUCGGCUCGGAGCAUCCCAAGGAGCCCGAGAAGACCGCCGAUCCUGAGCAGGUGAAAGAAGAAGUGCGGCGCCUAGAAGAGGACUUGAGCAGCCUCCGUCGGCUUCUGCAAGACAUGCGCAACAACGCUGCGGCGGUGAUUUGCAACCACAUGCGCCAAGCGGAGAAGUCCGCGAAGAAGUAUUGGUCGCAGAAAGAGGGCAACGCCUGGGGCUGCCGAAUCCUGUCGCUCUUGGUGUCCGAAGACUUCGCGAAGCGGACGAUGAAGGAAUGGGAAAAGCUGGCUCCCACUGCCACGUUAACGCAGUGAGAGCGAGAGCGAACGAGGCCGUGUGGCGGUGUGUUGCAAGGCGCACGUGGUGUCCAAAAACCAAAACAAGCUUUUCCCGGUUUGGUUUAUUGUGGUUUCUC